AUGAUUGGCGCAAUGAAAACGUAUUUUGUUCUUUCUAUGCUGCUCGGAUUGCUGUCGAUUGCUUCGCCGAUGGAUCAUGUAUGCAAAAAGAAGAUCGACAGUGGACAUUGCUUAGCUUACAUUCCUAGAUACGGUUUCUCUACUGAAAAAGGUAAAUGCGUUAAGUUUGGGUACGGCGGUUGCGAAGGCAACGGAAACAACUUCAGAACUAUGGAAGAAUGCAGAAAGAAGUGUCAUCAAAGGAAGUUCAUCAUCUAUCCAAUUUGA